ACUGAGCGCCAUGACGCUGAGCACACUUUGAGACAUUAUGUGAUUGAUUGAAUUCAUCUUCAUCUCUCGCAAAUAAACUGUGUUUUUCUUUGAAAAAAUGUUCUCCGAAAAGAUUGGUGAUGUGUCUACUUUAUCUGUGCUGCAGCCCAGAAGAGCAACACCAAAAGAAUCCGCUCUGGUUGGUGAUCUCAAGGACAGGUGCAGAGUCGGAGAGAGAGACUGGCAACAAGAGAACAAAGUACUCAGAGAACAGGUGCGAGUGGACGGGAGUCGUGAGGUUUCUUCCCAUCAUGACACUGGCAAGGCAUCAUCACUGGGCCACUGUGCCCACAGCAGGCUGGAUCCUGGCGUUGGCUCUGUUUCUUGCUCUGCAGGGUGCUGCUCAUGCUGCUCCAUCAGGAGACAACAAGUUGGUUCGUACCACCAGAGUGAGGAGACAGACCCCCGGGAGGGACCAGCCCCCCUCCGCUUCCACAGCCAACGAGAGCCUGCGGGAGCAGCCCAUGAUCUUUAACCACGUCUACAACAUUAAUGUACCCUUGGAGUCUCUGUGUUCUGUCGACCUGGACGCCUCCGCGCCACCUGCCCCGGGUGAUGGUUCUUAUGCUGAGUUGGGAUCCAGAGCUUCUGCGGAGGGCCCAAUGGAUCCCAGUGGACCGACAGAAUACACUGAUCAGACGCUGGAUGCUGACAGCCAGGUAACGUUCACUCACCGCAUCAACAUCCCAAAAGCCGCAUGUGGUUGUCCAGCAACAACCACAAUCCAGCAACUUGCCACCAGAGUGGAGAUGCUGGAGAGAGAAGUGUCCCUGCUCAGAGCUCAGUGUGGGUCAGGAUGCUGUGGAGAGAGCUCAGCCAUGGGUCAUUUGGACUUUGUGCCAGGCUGCAGUGGCCACGGCAGCUUCAGCUUUGACCCGUGUGGCUGCGUCUGCGAGGAUGGUUGGGCCGGCAAAAACUGCUCCGAGCCUCGCUGCCCGGACGACUGCUCCAACCAGGGGGUGUGCGUGGAAGGGGAGUGCGUGUGUGACCGUGACUUUGGAGGCGACAACUGCUCAGAGCCGCGGUGCCCUUCGGACUGCUCGGGUCGCGGGCUGUGUAUCGACGGAGAGUGUGUUUGCGAAGAGUCCUUCACCGGCGAAGACUGCAUGGUCGGGAGGUGUCUCAACGACUGCUCGGACCAGGGGCUGUGCAUCAACGGGACGUGCCAGUGCAGGCCCGGGUACGUGGGAGAGGACUGCUCGCUGGUCUACUGUGCAAACAACUGCAGCAAGAAAGGAGUCUGCAAGGAGGGCUUCUGCGUCUGCCAGGAUGGCUUUGCAGGAGAUGACUGCAACUCUGUGGCACCCGCCAUGAACGUGAAGAUACGAGGCGUGACUGAUCGCACUGUUGACGUGGAGUGGGAAGGGUCAGUUGUGCUGACAGAUUUCUUAGUGACCUACACACCAAGUAGCCCUGGAGGUGUGCAACUAGAGAUAAGGAUACCAGGCAAUACCACCACCUGCACUAUCUCAGGCCUGGAGGCAGGCAUAGAGUACAACAUCAACGUGUUCGCUGUCAUUAACAACAGUAUCAGCGUCCCUGCCAGCAUCACUGUUUCGACCUAUCUCUCCAAUCCGGAUGGUUUAGUCUUCAAAUCCAUCACAGAGACGUCAGUGGAGGUCCAGUGGUUACCCUUCUACUAUUCCUUCGAUGGAUGGGAGAUCAGCUUCAUCCCCAAGGACAACGACGGAGGGAUGACUGCACAGCUGCCCAGCACCAUCACUUUCUUUUUGCAGACUGGUUUGAGACCAGGGGAGGAGUAUACUGUUAACCUGGUGGCGCUCCGAGACCAGGGUCGAAGCCAGCCAUUCACUGCCACUGUCACAACAUUGAUUGAUGGCCCCACUCAGCUGAUUGUGCGGGAUGUGUCAGACACCGUAGCAUUUGUGGAGUGGACACCACCGAAAGCCAAGAUUGAUCAGAUCGUGUUACGUUACGGCCUGGUGGGAGGAGAGGGUCCACGGACCACCUUCCGCCUCCAGCCCACACUCAGCCAGUACUCCCUGCAGGUUCUGCGUCCUGGCUCACGUUACGAGGUGUCUGUGAGCGGAGUGAGGAAAGGAAAUGAGAGCGGAUCUAUUUCCACUGAAUUUACUACCGAGAUUGAUGCCCCCAAGAACCUGCGGCUCGUGUCCAAGACCUCCACCACCCUGGAGCUUGAAUGGGACAACAGUGAGGCGGAGACGGAGGGCUACCAGGUGGUGUACAGCACUUUAGCAGGAGACCAGUAUGAUAAAGUCAUUGUACCACGCAAUCAGGGAGCCACCACUAAAACCUCCCUCACAGACCUGCAGCCUGGCACAGAGUACGGAAUUGGCAUUUCUGCCAUGAAAGGUAGCAACCAGAGUACCCCAGCAACAAUGAAUGCCAGGACGGGUCUGGACGUGCCCAUGGAUCUAACUGUGACGGCUUCCACAGACAACACCAUCACUCUGAUGUGGGCCGUGGUCCAGGGCCCCAUCGACCAUUACAAGGUCACCUACACAUCCUCCUCUGGCGUCAGUACUGAGCUGACAGUGCCUAAAGAUGUAACCACCACCACUCUGAUCGACCUUGAGCCUGGGACUGAGUACACCAUCACUGUGGCAGCAAGAAGAGGAAGACAGCAGAGCACCGCAGCUACCAUCGAUGCCUUCACAGGAAUCAGGCCCGUAACCCACCUCUACUUGUCAGAGGUGACUUCAGACUCAGUGUUGGUGGCGUGGAGCGCCCCAGCACCGCCUGCUGACCUCUUCAUCCUGAGCUACAGCUCUGCAGAUGGGACCGACACCUCUAAGGUGACGCUGGACGGCUCCAAGACGAGGUCACUGGUCCAGGGGCUGCUGCCGUCCACUCAAUACACCGUCAGUCUAAUCACGAUACAGGGGGAAGUUACCUCUGAGCCCAUUACUGCAUCACUCACUACAGGCAUGGACCCACCAAAAGAGCUCACGGUGUCAGAUGUGACCGAAGACGCACUGACCAUCUCUUGGAUCAAACCACUUGCUCCAUUUGAGUACUAUAAGCUGUCCUACCAAUCCGCCAGAGGUCGUGUGGACAGCGUGGUGAUUGACAGCGACGUCACCAACUACACCUUGUCCAGCCUGUUUCCUGCAACGGAAUACGAGAUCAGCAUCAACGCGGUCCGAGGGAGUCAAGAGAGCAAAGUCGUCGGCACCUCCGUCUUCACAGCGAUGGACAUGCCGGCCGAGUUGACAGCUCUCAACAUCACUCCACAAGGAGCCCUGCUGAGGUGGAAUCCACCCAUUUCCAUUGUCGACAACUUUGUGCUGACCCUCACACACAACCAGGUGACAGCUGACACGUUCCUUGUGGAAGGCAACAAGCAGGAGCACCAGCUUUCCAGCCUGAAGCCAAGCACCACCUACUCUGUCGCUCUCUACGCCACUAAAGGACCCCUCACCAGCGGCACCGUCAUCACCAACCUCCAGACACCCAUGGAUGCGCCCCUGAACCUGACAGCCAGCGAGGUGAAUCACCGCAGCGCUCUCAUCUCCUGGCAACCGCCCAUAGCCGAAAUUGACAACUACAUGCUCACCUACAGGUCAAGCGACGGCAACCGCAAAGAGCUGAUCCUAGACGCAGAGGACACAUGGAUUCGACUGGAGGGACUGGCAGAGACAACAGAAUACACUGUCAAGCUCCAGGCAGCAAGAGGACUCGACACCAGCGCUGUAGUCUCCACUAUGUUCACUACAGGGAGUCGUCUGUUUGCAACACCUCAGAAUUGUGCCCAACACCUGCUGAAUGGAGAGCUGCUGAGCGGCGUCUACACUAUUUACAUCAACAGAGACCCCAGCCAGGGUGUGCAGGUGUACUGUGACAUGACCACUGAUGAAGGAGGCUGGAUUGUUUUCCAGCGUCGUCAGAACGGCCUGACAGACUUUUCCAGGAAGUGGAGUGACUAUCGGGUCGGCUUUGGAAACCUGGAGGAUGAAUUCUGGCUUGGUCUAGACAACAUCCAGAGGAUCGCUGCUCAGGGCCGCUACGAGCUGAGAAUUGACAUGAGGGACGGACAGGAGACGGUCUACGCCAAUUAUGACAAAUUCUCCAUUGGAGAUGCCAAAAACCUCUACAAGCUGAGGAUAGGAGAGUACAAUGGCACCGCUGGUGACUCUCUGAGCUACCACCAGGGCCGGCCCUUCUCCACAAAAGACAGAGACAACGACAUCGCUGUCACCAACUGUGCCUUGUCUUACAAAGGAGCCUGGUGGUACAAGAACUGCCACCGGGCCAACCUCAACGGCAAAUACGGCGAGUCCAGACACAGUCAGGGUAUUAACUGGUACCACUGGAAAGGCCACGAGUUCUCUAUUCCUUCCGUGGAGAUGAAGAUGAGGCCAUUCAACUUCCGUAGCAUCAGCAGCAAGAGGAGGCGGUCUGCCCCUGUAUAAACAAACCGUCUCCGCCCAGCCUAGAGUCAUGGAUAAAUGGAGGUCGGACGAUGUUUACUGAUGAGUUUCUGCUAUCUGCGGGCGUCACUGAUGUGCUCUUUGAGGCUUUCUAGUGAGGCUGCAAAGACAAAAGGGGGUUAUGACAAAAAAAGCUACUAAUAUUGUAUUAAUAUUCAGUUGUAAAAUAAUAAAAGCUCAUUAUUAUUAAUAUACUACCAACACGCAGACACUGUUCAAACCCUCGAUGAGAUCCUGAAAUAGCAGAAAGGGGGAAACAAUGUCCGAACUCUGUUUGUCUCCGCCCAGCUUUAGCUGUCUUUCCCUGCUGUACUUCUACCCAGAUGAUAGAGGACACUGUAUGUAAUUUAUUAAAUACUUUGAAUGACAAUGGUUCUAUUUGCUGUAAAAAAAAAAAAAAAAAGAUUGGAAAGGCAGACCAAGAAGCUUUUUCUUUUUUUCUUUGAGUCUGUGAUUUGCCUUUCCCCCUGGGAUGCGAGGAAACGUGCUCAGUAAUGCCCCCAAGACUGAGAGAGCUAACGUUAUUUUAACUGUUACAAAAUAAUAACACUUCUAACGAAAAAUAUGCUGUAUAUGCCCUUAAAACCCUUAACUGUAAGAUAUAUAUAUUUUUAUAACUGAUAAUGUGGCAAAAGUCCAUCUAUUUAAUUUGAUGCCUUGGUUUUGGAGCCGAUAUUAAGUUAAUGUAAUGACAAACACUGGACAUAAGAGAUUAAAUUAACUUCGAAAAACAAAACUGAACAUCCAGAAUAAUUACCCACAAAGCAACAGCUUCAUUACCAUCUAUUUUAUUAUUUUACUGUUGAUCACAGUAUCCUUUGUGCCCAUUAUUAAAGCAGAAUCAUCAAUAAUAAACGUUAUUAUUAUUAUUAUUAUUGGUAGCCACACUGAGACAGUAUUUGCACUACGAGUGGGAACACAGCAAAACUAUUCUUGUUCAUUCAAUUAAAUUAUGUCUUCGGUCAUUCGUGGGCAUUUAGAUAUUAUUUCCUGGGAUUUCUGUUCAAACUAAUUACAAAUGCUUAAUAUCUGUGUCACCCCUUUUGUAGACGCUGAGAUUGCUUGCAGAGAUGGUGCUGAUAGGUGUAACAUUUAACCAAAGAUCUGCAUAAUAGAGCAUCGGCCUGCGGUUUGGAAAGAUGCCAGUCUGCCACCAAAGUCACUGAAGCAGCUUUUUCCUGCAUUAAUAGAUUCUCACUUUUCAGGGACUUUUAUGGUAAUCGUGUCCCCUGGCGUUAUCCGUUUAUGCAAUGUGAACACUAAAUUCUAUGCAGAAGAAAGUCAGGGUGGGCAUAGUGCAGAUUUUAGCCCGGCCCCCUGCCCCAUUGCUCGCUGAGAUGAACUCACACAGUAGGUGGAGUGGAGCCAAGUCUUUUAUUCUGUGCCCUUCUUAACUUGCUUCGCUAUUUAAACUCCCCAGUGAAACAAUAAAAUCAGCAAACAUGGCAGAGAAUGUAUUCUUUGUUCUUUGGUGUAAUCUGCAGCAUGCCCACCAAGCAUUUUGUUUCAUUCAGUGUUCUCACUGUCGCACAAAGCGCUCAGUGCCAGUGCAUUUAAAUGACUGCAGUUCUCUGGAAACAGAUUUUGUUUUAGUUUCCUGCCUCCUUCCUGUUGGAGGAAAGCGAUCUCUGUGGAGUUUGAGCACAAAUCACAUAAAAGUGGCUAAAUCUCCUCUCUGGCUUCAUACUGUCAAUAAAAUGUCUUUUUAUUCUCCAAUAUAAUCUCUUGAAAUCAAUAUCACCGUCGCUGCAAGCAACAUUUGGUUUCAUAUAUAUUCAAUAAUCCAAAUAUGAACGGCUGGAAAUCUCAUGCUUACGUACUUCUGUCAGUUUCUUCAUUUCUAAUUUGAUUGAAGCAAACCAGACAAUCUGGCUUGUAUCAUACGACUGUGUAUAUUUUUCAUUUGUGUUUUUUGUCCUUUAUUAGACUUGAAAACAAUGGUGACUCUCCCCAUUUGAAACUAUUAAUAUACUCUUGUAGAUAGAGAGUUGAAGAUAAUGUGACUUUUGAUGUGUUCCCCCUUUAGAUGCGAACUAAUUCAGAAUCUUUUCCCCUUUUUAACUGCUUUAUUUUUAACCAUUGUUGUGUUGAAGGGGCGGAUGGAGCCCACUUUGCAUGUUGACUCUGUUGCAAUCAAGAGCCUGAUCGUAAAUAACAAAUGUCAUAAGAAUAUGUUUUGACAUAUUUUUUUGCUGAUCUGGACAAAAGGUGCUCUUGAAAUAGUUUGUUAUGUAGAAGAUAUUAUGAUAUAGAUUUAUCGGGCCUCUUAGCUGUUGUGAAAAACUGUCAAGUUGUCUUUCAAGGGCAAAAUAAAAACCAAUAUAAAAUAUAACAAACUGUUUCAACACGAGAACUUUCCCAGUCUGAUCUAUGUUUCAUGCAAUCCACCUCCCUCUGUGAUUUAUAGUAGAGUAGGGAAUUCUCCGUGUACUUAUUUCAUUAACUACAUGAAGCUUUGCAGAAAAGGAACAGAAUGUUAUUUGUAUUGUGAGGGACUUAUCUCAUCGCAAACUAUAAGGUGCUCUUAAAUCUUUCAAGAGGAAGGCUGAUAUACUAUAUUAUAGUUUAUUUUACAUACGUUUCCAAUCAUCCAUCAAGUCGAGCAAUUUCUUUCAAUCAAUGAGAAAAACCACAAACAGAAAAUUGUGUGAGUUGCUGUGUAAAAGCCUCCGUCCUGUUUUUCAUUUCAGGUUAAUAAUUAUUUAUUUGUAUUGUUUUUUAUAAGCAGCUUUCAGGAAAACAAAUGAUUUGACAAAUUCAACUGUCUUGUCAUGAAAACAAUAUUCUGUGAAGUGAAGUGAAAAAAGCCUGAAUAUUAUGAUGAAUUUGUUUUCCUCAUUGCUUUUAAAAAAAUCUUUGUUGGAGGUUUGAGAAGAGAAUCUCCUCCGUUAUUUAAAGUUAAACUCAGUCUGUCACUGGAAUACACUCGCACUGUAAUACUACGUGUUCCUACUGAGCCUCUUACAGUACAGGAAACUUGUCCCCCUUAUUUAUUUAACUUUUAUUUUUCAAUUACUCUGUAACUGAUGCGACGUUGUAAAAAAAAAAAACAAAUACAGUUAAUGACAUGAUCCUCUUAAGAUAUCAAAACGAAAAUGCUUUAUUCAUGGGUUUACUUUCACGAGUGAAUUAACUGAUAAAACCACCAUGUUUGGUGAUAUUUGUUAUAUAAGCCAGAAACUGAAACUGCAUUGAUUUGAAAUCUUGCAAUGAAAUGUAAAUGUUGACAAAAUGCGAUCUUGACUGUUUGAGAAGCUCAUAUAUGCUGAAACUAAGGAUUUAUUGUUGGAUAACCUUGGAUAUUACUGUCAAAUUUAGCUCUAGUUUGACUUAAACAUGUACUAUAUAGUUCCUUUUUUAAUACAUUUUCUACAUAUUAAUAAAAUAUUCAAAUAGUC